AUGAAUAUCCAAAGCAAUGUCCUAUCAUAUUUGGUUCCCCUGGCUGCAGUUUUUGCAUCUUUGUAUCUCAUAAAUCCAAAUCCACAGUUUCUUAACAAUUUCAUAGACUUCAGUCUCACACCCUUGUCGUCGUCGUCGUCAUCAUCAUCAUCUGUAUACUUGGCACUACCUUUAACUAGCACCUUCCUCAGAAACCAUCACCAUCGACCACACAAGAAACACGAUGAUAGCGGGAAUGCCAGUUCUAUAUGUGAUGAUUUUCCACCAGGCAUUCCACCUACAAGUACCAAUACCACUUCCUAUCUUUGUGUUGAUCGAAAUGGCUGUUGUAAUUUCACAACAGUACAAGCAGCCGUGAAUGCAGUUCCAGAUUUUAGCGAAAAAAGAACUAUAAUAUGGAUUAACAGUGGCAUCUACUAUGAGAAAGUCAUGGUGCCAAGAACCAAACCCAACAUUACAUUUCAAGGACAAGGCUAUACUUCAACUGCAAUUGCAUGGAAUGAUACUGCAAAGUCCGCGAAUGGCACAUUUUAUAGUGGCUCUGUACAAGUUUUCGCCUCCAACUUCAUUGCUAAGAACAUGAGCUUCAUGAAUUUAGCACCAAUUCCAAGUCCUGGGGUUGAAGGAGCACAAGCUGUAGCCAUGAGAAUAUCGGGAGAUCAAGCUGAAUUCAGGGGUUGUGGAUUCUUUGGAGCCCAAGACACCCUUCACGAUGAUAAGGGUCGUCAUUACUUCAAAGAUUGCUAUAUCCAAGGCUCCAUUGAUUUCAUAUUCGGCAAUGCAAGGUCACUCUAUGAGAACUGUCAAUUGGUUUCUAUAGCUAAUCCAGUACCCCCGGGACAAAGGAACAUAAAUGGUGCUGUUACAGCUCAUGGUAGAGUUUCAAUGGAUGAAAAUACAGGAUUUGCAUUUGUGAACAGUACAAUAGGAGGCAACGGCAGAAUAUGGUUGGGUCGGGCAUGGAGGCCAUAUUCCCGUGUUAUUUUUGCCUUCACAACAAUGUCAGAUAUCAUUGCCCCUGAAGGUUGGAAUGAUUUCAACGACCCUGCAAGAGAUCAGAGUAUCUUCUAUGGAGAAUAUAAUUGCUCUGGGCCAGGGGCAAAUUUGACCAUGAGGGCCUCAUAUGUACAGAGAUUAAACGAUACACAAGCAUUUCCAUUCCUCCACGCAAGUUUUAUUGAUGGCGAACAAUGGUUGGAAACUUACAAAUAA